AUGAGCAACUAUGGAUAUGCCGGAGAUGACGAUUCUAAAGUUCGCGAGUACCUCCAAAAACAGCAGCGCUUCACACCAUUACCUCCUGUCGCAGAAAAAAUUUCGUCGCCACCGAUCUCCUCGUUUCCCGAACCGGAAUUUGUUCCAUCGCUUAAUGCGUCAACAAAAGAAUUCUUGGAAAAUACUUUUAGGUACGGUCGAAAGAAUGAGGAAGAUUUCGUUGGCCGACCCAAUGAAUUUGACGAUGAUUACAGGCCUAGUUUACCGUAG